AUGAAAAAGAAUCUCUUUGAUUAUUCAUCAUCUUCGGGUGAUGAAGACAUACAACAAUUCUGGAGGUCUAGACAUGCUCCAACUGCAAAAGAAAAAGCACUUUUAAGAGAAAUGAAUAUCGAUAAUUUGCUAAAGGAAAGAAAAUUAGAAACAGAAUAUCUAUCUGAGUCUAAAUCACAAGAAACUAAAAAUCAAGAAAAGAAAUAUAUUACUGAAAUUAAAGAAAAAGCAAAUUAUGAAACAGUUGAUUUUGAAGAUGGAUCAAUUUUCGGUGAGAAACAUAUCGAGUUCCCCAAAGGAAUAAUUGAUCUUAUUGAAACAACAAACACUUACAAAAAUUCAGAAUUUGAUAAAUUUGAGUUAGUUGAGAAAUGGGUUUAUCAUGCAGCACUUAAAGCCCCACAAGAUAUUUUGAUAAAUUCGAGAGUUGUUUACAGGAUUCUUUUGACGCUUGCAAAAACAAAAAAUAUUAUUUUUGGGGAAUCCAUCUUUAAUAUACUCAAAUUUGUACCGAUGGAUAUUCUGGAUUUUUCAUACAUUUAUAAUCUAUUUAAAUUAAUACUAAAUACUGAUAGCAAUCUGAUAAUUUAUCCAAUUUUACUUAUGAAACCACAAUUGUAUCAUAGAUGUAGUACGACUGUCAUAAAACAAAUGGUUUAUAUACUAAUAGGAGGAAUUCUUACAUCAGCUAUCUCAAGAAAUCCAUUAUUCUACGUAUUGCCAUCAAAUUUACUAAAUUCUCUUAGCGAACUCAGUAAAUCUGAACAGAGAAAAUCUGCUAAUGCUGUUGCCGAGAUACUCAAAGAAUUACCAAUAGAAUCAAUGGGUGAAUUAGUUUCAUUUCUUCCUAUUGACAGUGCUGCAGCGGAAUUUACAUCAACACUUGCAUUUUCCAUGUUAUUUUACUAUUUACAGCUAGGACUCCCUGAUCCUGAAAAUCCAAAAGGAAAUAUGGAUUUAAUUGUCCAAAAUAUCCAUACUUUGAAGAAUCUUUGUACAUCUGGUGAACUUAAAAAUAUAUUGACUGCAAGUGCUGUUAUUGCGACACUUGAAAAACUCACAGUUAUUGAAAUUAACUUCAAACAACUUGAUAAAAGGAAAAUUACAAGAAUGUCUCAUGUUUUACACAUGAGUUUUUACACCAAAAACCAUGUUGAUUUAGUAGCUCUAAAGGAGCAAUUCCAUUUCACAAGAGUUCAACUUGAUAAUUGGUCAGAUGAAUACUUCCAAAAUGAAGUUAUUGAAGAAAAUCCUUGGGGUGAUGCUCCAGGAAAAUAA